AUGGCGGGUCUGCCGAGGAUGUUUGGAGGCCGGGCGAUGUUGUUGGUCGUACUGGGACUCCUGCUGGCACCCCUACUGGCUGAGUCGACAGGUGCUGUUACAGAUGCCGCUGCCGCUAAAGCUGCACGUCGGGAGCAGCUGUAUCACAAGGUCCGGGCACAGGUGGAGAAAAUCAUGCAGGAAGCCAUCCGCAAGAAGCGCAGCGUUGUGCGGAUUCGGGUGGGCUUCAAGAUUUGCUCCCCGAGGGAGGCCCAGCCUGAGAUAAAGCGGCGGAUAACCGAGGCUGUUGACUCCGGCAGCUUCGGCGGCUUCACCACCGAGCCGGGGUCCACGCGAUUCGGAAACCUGGAGUACUAUGCAGCCUACCGUCUGACCAUGCGGUUUCACGAUGAGCUGCGCAAUGAGACAUCCAUGCGGUACACAGCAGUCAAGGACGACAUUUUUGUGAAUGCCUCAUCUGAGCUGGCGCUGGUGAGAGGACUGGCCAAGGUGGACUUAGACGAGUUCAGGCCAGGCUUCUUCUCCACCUUUGCCAUCCUGAAGAUCAGUGCACCACACUAUGCCGUGACACGUACCAGGGAAAAGUACAACUCCUUUGUGUCGUCAGGCCUGAUUGGUCCUCGUCUGCUGGACCCCAACUACACCUACUUCAGUUCAGCACGACCACCAAGAUUCGAGGCUAUUGCUGACCUGGCUUUCAUCCUUGACCACUCGGCCGGUGUCACACAGUACCAGUUUGGCAGGAUCCUGAACUUCACCAAAGGCCUUGUCAACCACCUGGAGGUGGGACCUGGAGCCGUGAGGGUGACGGUGUUCACCGUGUCGUCUCAAGUCAGACAACACUUCGCUUUGGACUCAUUUUCCACUGCUGAGUCUGUUACAGAAGCUAUCAGCAACAUCCAGAACAUGGCACCCCUACCAAACAGCUCACGACCCAUAGGACGAGCCCUGCGGGACAUGAUGAGGUAUGGGUUAGGUGAGAGAGAUGGGUCCAGACCUGACGUGUACAGGGCUGCUGUCAUCCUCACCAAUGGCGACUCAGAUGAUGAAGUGUCCAGACCUGCACUGGAAGCAGUCAUGGGUGGAGUGUCCAUCUAUGCUGUGGGUGUGUCCAGUCAGCUGGUCAACAUGACUCGGGCAGCUGACCAGGCCUUCCCCCUGGCCAACCUGACCUACCUGGAUGACAGACUAGCCAAGGAUCUGGCAGGAACUAUUGCUGCUGGUGAGGAAGCUAUAACACAUUAA